AGGCUACCGCACAGCCUCUUGCUGCAUAUACCUAGACGAAGCUGCCGCCUGUGGAUCGCUCUCUCCUCCAGGAUACAAACAAAAGAAAAACCCAUCGGAGUUCUGUAUCUCUAUCUGUCCCUCGCACACACCUACAUUUGUAGACUCUGCCUUUGCAAACCUCACACGCAUCCCCUGCCUUUCUCUGUCUGUCUGUCAGCCUCUCUCCUCCUCACAUGCAAACACACUCCCUCUUCUCUCAGACAGAGGAGCGGUGAAAGCGAUCGCUGUGGUUGCUGGUGUUUGGCUUCUGGUCUUGGACUCAGAGGGAGCAGAGGAGCCCACGGUAAUGUGAAGAAGCCAGUCUCAGCCAGUAACGUGUUUCAACACUUGCCUGCUGUCAUCCCUUGUCCUUCAGAACUGCCUCCGCCUCGCAAUGACCGACAACAACCAUUCCCUGCCAUCGCUCAUAGGGGGAUCAUGACCCGCCGGCUGAGUAGCUCCACACGUUCGCACACUGAAGACUCCAUCUUUCUGAGGCCCGACGAGGACCCCGUCUGGUUGGAUGAGCCCACAAAAACGGAGAAACUGGGCGAUGGACUUCCUGACUGCAAGGCUGGACCCGCAGGGGGUCAGAGCCCACAGGGAGAGGGAGUCUUUAUACAUAAGGUGUACACGCUGGUGAUUGAGAUCCACUGCUGGGCUGCACUCUUCAUAAUCUCCCAGGUCACGGGUUACUGGGUGUUUUUUGUGCUGGAGGGAAAUGGGCCCUUCUCCUCCGUCCUCAAAGCUCUGCAGGUCAUUGACUUCUAUCUGGGCUUCAUUUUACCGUUUCAGCCGAUUUUUGGAAUGGACUCGAUGGUGUUAAUGAAGGAGGUGGCAAACACGGAGCAGCACAACUGGAUCGUUCACGGCACGGCAGGUGUUGGUGUGACCAUCUGUGUCGUCAUGGUUGUGCACAUGGUGUGCAAGUGGCGUUCCGGCACCGGCCUGUGGUCCUCGGGAACCGUGUCCAGGGACGUCAGCGACCGGCGUCAGUCCGUGAGUCGCCAGCCUUCCUUCACCCUGUCAGAGUGGACGGACGCCCAGGAGGAUCUGCUGGACCUGGACCCAGUGCCCCAGACCCCUGUCUUCGACAUCGGCACGGACACCAGGACGGAGGGGGACGCUGCCACCCUCACGGUCACCCCUGUGGGUCUCCAGGAGAGGAGAGGCUCCAACGUUUCUCUGACCUUGGACAUGUGCACACCCGGCUGCACGGAGCCCUACGGCUACGGAGGCCAGCUCUCUCCCAGAGACCAGUCCGCCCAGGAGUACCUCCGACAGGGCUCCCACGUCCUGACCCCGGCCAUGCUACACACCAGGGCCAUGGAUGACCAGAGCCUGCAGGCCGAGUUCUAUGUGCGUACCGAAACUCCCAUGAACUUUGUGGACCCUAAGGAGUACAAUUACCCAGGGCUGGUGAGAAAGAACCGCUACAAAACCAUUUUACCGAACACACACAGCAGAGUCAUGUUAAACUCACAGGACGAAGAUGAUUUUCUCUCCACAUACAUCAAUGGAAAUUAUCUUAAAGGUUAUGGGGAUGAAGAGCGAGCUUACAUUGCCACCCAGGGUCCCACUGUGAACACUGUGGGGGACUUCUGGAGGAUGGUGUGGCAAGAGAGAAGCCCGAUCAUAGUGAUGAUCACCAAUCUGGAGGAGAAGAACGAGGUCAUUAAAUGUGCAGAGUACUGGCCUGAGGACACUGUGACCCAUGAGGGCAUCGAGAUCACCGUUGUCACGGUAACCCAAGAGGAUGACCACAGUUUGAGGGUGUUUACUCUGAAGUGUGGGGAUGAGGAGCGCAGCCUGCGGCAUUACUGGUACACAUCCUGGCCCGAUCAGAAGACCCCGGACAAGGCCCCCCCCCUGCUGGAGCUGGUGAAGGAAGUGGAGCGAGCUCGGGAGGAAGCCCCGCCCUCCAGUGGCCCUACCAUUGUCCAUUGCAGCGCUGGAAUUGGUCGAACUGGCUGUUUCAUUGCCACUUCCAUCCUGUGCAAGCAGCUGAGGACUGAGGGUGUGGUGGACAUCCUCAGGACCACCUGCCAACUCCGUCUGGACAGGGGUGGGAUGAUCCAGACGUGUGAGCAGUACCAGUUUGUGCAUCACGUCCUCAGCCUGUAUGAAAAGCAGCUGUCUCACCCUGCUGAGGAGUAGAGUUAGCACUAUAGCCACACCCAGACCGAGACACACCACUGUACACUGCACCGCCUCCGGUGGUAUGCACCACUCCACUUAUCAUCAUCGCCGUCUCACCCUUUAACAACUUCAAAGUAUGUUAAUCUCUUCAUCCGAGGCAGGCUCGCUCAGGCAGGACUGAGUAGUUGACAUUAAGUCUGUGCUUAUUAUAUGUCUUUGAGCAGAAUAAUCAUAGGGAGGAGGAUUCAAAGCGGCCCUUCCAAAAAAUCCUAAUCACUCACUGCUGUGUCAUAAAUCCACACAUUCCUGAUGAGUUGCAGCUGUCAGGCCUUAAAUAAUCCAAGCCCAAACUCCCAGCGUCAUCUCGUUCGCGCUGCUGAGGUUUUCCUUGCUGAGUGAUAUUCGCCGGUUUAAGUCAUCCAGGCCUUGUUUCGCUCCAGGUUUGAAAUAGCUCCCGCGCGUUAUCAUUGUACAGUUUCAAAAUGUUGAACUGGAGCCGAAGCAACUCAGAUCACUCAAAAGUGCAGUUUGUUUUCGGGGAUAUCUAAGUUCAGUCAAAGAGCGUUAUCGUUGACGGGCCCUUUACAGUGUAAGUGCCAGCGUAAUUCAAAUCCACAGAAAUAAUCAAAUGCCAGCCUAAUAUGAAAAACGACAUUGUUCUGAAAAUUCAUAUGAUGUAUAAAUUAAAUAACAUCUAGCCUUUUUCUCACUGACUCUUUUAAUGUAAAAAAAAAAAAAAAAAAACCUUUGCAGAAGGCCUGAGUCACCUCAUCUUCAGGUUGCAUGGUGCUAAGUGUUCAUUAAAGGCAUGUGCAAUGUUAUGGAAACAUAGGAAUGUAACAGUUAGGCUAUAAAUUAACGAAUUAGGAUUCUGUGCAGUCAGCAGUAUUACAGUUUUACCGAGCUGCUAAUGCAGUCCUCAUGGCCCAUGGUGUUUACAGAAAACAACUUCUGUAUUGAGACCACAUAGGUGUUCGCUCAGAGGCACCACAGAGCCAGAGCCGCUGGGGAGACAGAUGCCACAGACGGAUCUUCAUCAUAUACACCGUUUUUAUGACGUACACAAAGUGGUGUUGAGUAACGAGCAGGAUCCACUCACUAACACAUGAAACAACGGGGAUAUCCAGCCAGUAUUCUUGUAAACUGUCAGCCUUCCACCCUCAUGCUCUGUGACGCCUCUUCUUUCAACAGUAGCUUAUACACAUCUGUCAAGUAAGAAGCCCAUGAUUGUUGUAUAGACAGGCCAGGCCUAAUCUGUAUGAAGCACAAUAGACCAACUAAGGUUGUCUCUCUGAUGUUCAGCUGUAUAAGUUCUUUUUUUUCGUAUUGUGUUUUGAUUGUGUUGACUUUUUUGGAUUGCAUGUGCUGUAUGGGACUCUGUAGGUCCACAAUCAAAGCGACGUGAUUGGUUGUCCUGCUUUCUGUUGUGUAAAAGGGUUUAAGCCUAUUAUUAUAUUGCUUGCUCUCAGCCAAUGCUUUUGAUACAGUUUGCUUUUGUGAAACCAACCAGAGAUAUUUUUAGAACAUUUUGAUACAAUCCUUUCGAGUAGAUGCCUUGUGUAUAUUUCCGUUUACACCAUGAUGGAAUGUAGCUCAUACUGUGGAUCAAACCAUUGGUUUAUAUUGCAAGACUUAACGGAACAAAAUGUGACAACUACCUUAGUUACCUUACAGUACAAAAGAUAAAUAGUUUAUGUUUAGUCUUUAGUAUUAUUACUUUAGGCCAUUAGGCUUUGCUUUAAUAUGCUUUGCUUUCUGUGUAUGUUUUUAACGUUUUCUUGGAGAAUUUUACCUCAGACUGAGUUUUUACGCAGUCCCUAUAUCCAUCUGUGACUCUAGGCCACUCUCAGUUAACAACACAGUUGAGAAAUAAUUGCUAUGUGUACGGCAGCUAAAACAGUGGAGAUAGUUUUCUAUGUAACAAAAUCAUAAAACUUCUUUGGCCAUGAACAUUAUCAGAGGACUGAUUAACCUGAGCAGGGCUCAGACCAAUUAGUCAACAUCUGCUUAACUAUGAAAUUAAAACUGCCUAAAUUACCAUGCUCGGGCUUACAGGACCGAGACCAACAAGAAAAGCAACAAUCUGAGUCCUCUGACAUAAUCCUCUGAUAAUGUCAAUGUACUUGACUGAAGAGUUUUUAUUUUGAGUGCUCGUGAUCAGUGCUUACCUGGUCUGAUGAUCAAAAUAGGGAUGACAAAAGAGCCAAACAGUCGGACAUAUAACAACCAGCAAUCAGUAUCCCUCUCUUCUGCUACAGUAUUGCUUUAAGUUGUGAGUUUUUGCAUCCAAAUAAAGGUAGAUUUUCAUGAA